UUCCUCACGCCAGUGUAUCACGCCAACAUCCACUGUGCGACUGGCCAGAUCUGCGUGGACCUGUUGGAUAGCGAGUGGUCGCCGGCGCUCACCGUGGACCGCGUGCUGGUUGCGCUGCAGUCACUGCUCGCGGACCCGAUCUCGGACAGUCGCUGUUGGGAGGGCGACGCGCAGAUGCACGAAAUUCUUCGCCUCUGCCGGGACGACCGCUCGGCAUACAACCGGACGGCGAGGGAGUGGACGCAGCGGCACGCC